UUUGCAGUCUCAAUUUGCAACACGUGUACACUGCAGGGUUUGUUAGGGUUUAAGCCCUCUUUCAAGUUCACAAAAAUUCGAUAACGAAGCUCAAUUAAAUCAAAUAAUCUCAAAACUAUAUACUAUAAAAAUUCAUUUCCCUCUGUUCCUACAGCAAAUAAACUGAUAUAGUAAAGAAUUAGAAUCACAAUGAUAGCAGCAGUUUCAUGGGUACCCAAAGGGGUUUCAAAGUCUGUACCAGCAGUAGCUGAGCCACCAUCCAAAGAAGAAAUCGAAGAGAUUAUAAAAUCUGGUGCUUUGGAAAGAACAAGUGAUGAUGCGGAAAGUGAGAGGGAGGAGGAGGAGGAUGAAGAUAUGGAAGUCGAUACAUCUAAGCAGACUGAUGAAGUCUCGCAAGCAUUAGCGGUAGCGGAUGCCCUUGGUAGAGCUCCUAAGAAUAAGUCAACUGCUAAAUUUGAUGAUAUAACUGAGGGCUUGAAGGAACUUGAUAUGGAUAAUUAUGACGAGGAGGAUGAAGGCAUCGAGUUGUUUAGCAGUGGACUUGGGGACCUUUACUAUCCUAGCAAUGAGGCAGACCCUUAUCUUAAAGACGAUGAUGAUGAAGAUUCUGAAGAGCUUGAGGACAUGACCAUUAAACCAAAGGAUGCCGUCAUAGUUUGCGCUCGUAAUGAGGAUGAAUUUAGUCACCUUGAAGUUUGGAUAUUAGAGGAAUCAGAUGAAGGUGAAUCUAACAUGUAUGUUCAUCAUGAUAUUGUCCUGUCAGCCUUUCCUCUCUGUGCAGCAUGGCUUGAUUGUCCACUUAAAGGAACAGAAAAAGGAAACUUCAUAGCUGUUGGCUCAAUGGAUCCUGCAAUUGAAAUUUGGGAUCUGGACAUUAUUGAUGAAGUGCAGCCAUCUGUAGUUUUAGGUGGUGUUGCUGAGAAGCAGAAGAAGAAGAAGAAAGGAAAGAAGACAUCAAUCAAAUACAAAGAGGGAAGUCACACUGAUUCUGUACUUGGCCUUGCCUGGAACAAGCACUUCAGGAACAUACUUGCCAGUGCUAGCGCUGACAAACAAGUCAAAAUUUGGGAUGUUGCUACUGGAAAAUGUGAUAUUACUAUGGAGCAUCACACAGACAAGGUUCAAGCAGUUGCUUGGAAUCAUCAUGAGCCACAAGUUCUUCUCAGUGGAUCUUUUGAUCAUACAGUUGUCCUGAAGGAUGGGAGGAUACCUACACAUCCUGGUUUUAAAUGGUCCGUCACAGCUGACGUUGAAAGCUUGGCAUGGGAUCCCCAUAAUAGUCAUUCCUUUGUGGUCAGUCUUGAAGAUGGUACCAUCCAAGGUUUUGAUAUUCGGACUGCGAAAUCUGAUUUGAAGCCAAGUUUCACUCUUCAUGCGCAUGACAAAGCUGUUUGCUCAGUCUGCUAUAAUCCUUCUGUGCCUAAUCUGCUUGCAACAGGGUCUACAGAUAAAAUGGUGAAACUAUGGGAUUUGUCAAACAAUCAACCAUCAUGCAUAGCAUCAAAGAAUCCGAAAGCUGGAGGUGUCUUUUCCAUUUCUUUCUCAGAGGACAGCCCAUUGGUGCUUGCUAUAGGAGGUUCAAAAGGCAAACUGGAAAUCUGGGACACAUCAUCAGAAGCUGGAGUCUCUAGAAAAUUCACUAGUUCCAGCAAGCAGAAUGGACCUCGGGCAGAUGCUUGAUUGAAGCGGAAGGUACCGUUGUUUUUGAAAAUGGAGUGUAAUUAUCUUGAGAAUAGCUGUCGUUGCUUACAGAAGUAAUGUUCACUAUAGUUUUGAAAUUUUGUUAGGAAGUACAUUUUUCUUUAUAAUAUUUUUUCUUCUCAAGUAUUCCCUUUCUGGAAUCAUGCUGUGCAAGUGAAAUUGCUGGGGACAGCUGCUAGUGCUUCUAAAGGUGCUUAGUAACAUACUUCAUCAUGCCCCAAAUGGGUUUCAAAUUUUGUGUUUACAAUAUGGUUAAAUACUAAUAGAAGGCAUGCAGAUUUAUUUGUGCAA